AUGGCGAUGGAAGAACGAGAAGUGGUGUGCGUCACCGGUGCGAGCGGCUGCAGCGGCUCAUGGCUCGUCCACCUCGUCCUCCGCCGCGGCUACUCCGUCCACGCCACCGUCAAAAACCUCCAGGACGAGAAAGAAACGAAGCAUCUCGAAGCCCUUGAAGGUGCAGACACGCGCCUCCGUCUCUUCCAGAUGGAUCUCCUUCAAUACGACACCGUUUCCGCCGCCAUCGGCGGAUGCUCCGGCGUCUUCCACCUCGCCUCCCCUUGCAUCGUCGACGAAGUUCAAAACCCACAGGAGCAAUUGCUGGAUCCGGCGAUCAAGGGAACAAUGAAUGUGCUAAUGGCGGCCAAAGAAGCCGGCGUCAGGAGGGUUGUGGUGACGUCAUCCAUAUCGGCUAUAACUCCGAGCCCCAAAUGGCCUGCCGAUAAGAUCAAGGAUGAGGAGUGCUGGACCGACGAGGACUUCUGUAAGCAAAAUGGAUUGUGGUAUCCGCUCUCUAAGACUCUGGCUGAAAAGGCGGCUUGGAAAUUCGCCGAGCAGAGUGGUUUGGAUGUGGUGGUGGUGAAUCCGGGCACGGUCAUGGGGCCUGUCAUACCCGUAAACCUUAAUGCUAGCAUGGUGAUGCUUCUACGCCUCCUUCAAGGGUGCACGGAGACAUAUGAGAACUUCUUCAUGGGGUUGGUCCAUUUUAAAGACGUGGCCUUGGCUCACAUUCUUGUGUAUGAGAACCCAUCUGCAAAAGGCCGACACUUGUGCGUCGAGGCUAUCUCUCACUAUGGAGAUUUCGUAGCCAAGGUCGCUGAGCUUUAUCCUCACUACAACAUCCCCAAAUUACCACGGGACACUCAGCCGGAGCUCUUGAGGGCGAAGAACGCAUCUAAGAAGCUGAUGGGUUUGGGUUUAGAGUUCAUUCCAAUGGAUCAAAUCAUCAAGGAAGGUGUCGAGAGUCUUAAAAGCAAAGGGUUCAUCUCUUGAAUGGCAUUGGCUGGCAGUCCUCCUCACUUGCCAAACCACUGUCUUGUCCUUUCCUUCCAACUGCAUAAGCAGCAAGAACAGUGUGCUUUGGAUGUAGCGGAAAUCACUUCCCGUAAGCCUUGCAAUAAAUAAAUUAAUAAAAUCCGUAAUAUGUGUGUACGUAUGUGUAUAUCUGGUUCUUGUAUUUCUUUGCGUUGAAAAAUCUUAUUUCAUAUCAUGAUAAAUCUUUGAAUCUUUUAGCCCU